AUGUUUAAUCGAAAUAAUAUUCCUUUUGCAUCGAGGUCCAAUCCUCCACCAGAUCCGCGCCGGGGAGGCUACGAUACCCCCAUGCAAGAUGGUGGUAUCCCCCCCAGCAGAGGAGGCUACGGAGCUCCCCCGCCACAGCAGAGAGGUCCACCACCACCAAGUGGUAGAAGACCAGUCAAUGAUGGCGCAACCUGGACAUUACGUUCGGACAAGAGUCCGAACACGCAGUACACAUAUGGAAAUAUAGUCGCUGUUUCGACUGCCGAUUUCCCCCCGUCAGCUUUUGGACAAGAGUUUUAUGUCCUCAUUAACGACCACUAUGUUUUAUCUGCACGCCCACUUGAUGGCUACCAAGCCGGAUACAUUGGUUUUGCGGAGAGGCAACGAAUGUGGGCUAGGAUUGCGGUCACGGAUUCUGUGAAGGUACAGAUUUAUGAUCCCUUCCGACAAGAGCGGAAGGCAUAUCUUGGCUCCGCCGAUGUUGAAGUGGGUUUUGCUGGAAAGACUAGGACAGAGGAGCCAUACGAUCAGAAUGAGCUGGCAAAUGCUGUUAUUGAGAAAUUCAAAAACCAGAUUCUGGCGCCAGGCCAGAAAGUGUUGAUGGAUCACCGCGGAAUACCCCUUUCGCUAACCAUUAAGACCGUUGAGCUGGUAGAUUUGAUGUCUGAAAAGCAACCUCAACCAUCCACUGAGGGCGUCGCGACUGAUCCUACCGCUCGAGGCAUCCUCACUCCUCAUACAAUUUUCAACUUCUACAAAGAUGCAAAGAGUGGGCUCAACUUGAAAGCGUCUGAUCGUAGACCUGCCGCCAACUCUAUCAUCCGACCUGAUUUCAAGUUCGAGAAUAUGGGUAUUGGUGGUUUGGAUUCGGAGUUCAGUACUAUCUUUCGUCGUGCCUUUGCGUCGCGGAUUUUUCCUCCCGGAUUGAUUGACAAGUUGGGUAUUCAGCACGUCAAGGGUAUCCUUUUAUAUGGACCGCCAGGAACAGGAAAGACGUUGAUUGCGCGACAAAUCGGUAAAAUGCUGAACGCUAGAGAACCAAAGAUCAUCAACGGUCCCGAAGUGCUUAAUAAAUACGUCGGUCAAUCUGAGGAGAAUAUUCGUAAGAUGUUUGCCGAUGCAGAGAAGGAAUACAAGGAGAAAGGAGAGGAGAGUGCGCUACACAUCAUCAUCUUUGACGAACUCGAUGCCGUAUGCAAACAGCGCGGCAGCGGUGCUGCUGGUGGUACCGGAGUCGGUGAUAGUGUUGUCAACCAACUGCUAUCCAAGCUUGAUGGCGUGGAACAACUCAAUAAUAUCCUCUUGAUUGGUAUGACGAACAGAAAGGACAUGAUCGAUGACGCAUUGCUCCGUCCCGGUCGUUUGGAAGUACACAUGGAGAUCAGCCUGCCGGAUGAGAAGGGUCGCGCUCAGAUUCUGAAGAUUCAUACUCAGAAAAUGAAGGAGAACAAUGUCAUGGAGCCUGAUGUGAACUUGCUGGAACUCGCCCAGUUGACAAAGAACUACUCUGGUGCCGAGAUCUCAGGUUUGGUCAAGGCUGCGACAUCAUUUGCAUUUAACAGACACGUCAAACCCGACACUAUGGCUGGUAUCAAGGAUGAUGUUGCCAAUCUGAAAGUCAGGCGAGAUGACUUUAUUAAUGCCCUCGACGAAGUCAAACCGGCAUUUGGUGUUGCAGAAGAACAGCUUGAAGACUGUAUUCAGCAGGGCAUCACCCACUUUUCUGAGAGGAUUAAGGAUAUCCUCAAUGAGGGCAAUUUGUUCGUGAAACAGGUUGGUGCAGACGGUGGCACUCCUCUAUUUUCGGUCUUGUUCCAUGGGCCUCCAGCUAGUGGCAAAACUGCACUCGCGGCACGCAUAGCCAUGGACUCCGGCUAUCCUUUCGUUCGGCUGAUCAGCCCAGAAGAUAUGGUUGGUAUGACCGAGUCGGCAAAGGUUUCGCACAUAACCAAGAUCUUCUCAGACGCUUAUAAGAGUCGUACCAGUAUCGUGGUUGUGGAUAACAUUGAGCGACUCAUCGAAUGGGUACCGAUCGGCGCUCGGUUCAGCAACGCCGUCCUCCAGACCCUGAUGGUGCACAUGAGAAAGACCCCUGCUCAUGGACGCCGUCUCUUGAUUCUCGCAACUACGACGGAGCGUCGCCUCCUCAAAGAUCUAGACAUGUACAGUUCAUUCAAUGCCGAUAUUGAAGUUCCCACAGUGAAUACCUACGAUGAACUGCGACACAUUCUCGAAGGAUCGGAGACCUUCACACCGCAAGAGAUUGAGGGCAUUCUUGGAGGUAUUUACAGCAUCGACGAUGACAAGAAGAUUGGCGUGGGUAUCAAGAAGAUCCUCCUGGGCAUUGAGACAGCCAAACAGGAUAUUGACAAAGCAGGCCGGUUUGUGAAUGUGAUUAAUCGGUUGAUAGAUCAGGAUAGAGGGCCUGCCUUUUCGUGA